UUAAAAUCUUUUGUUUGGUUUUUCUUUUUACUUUUUAGUUGUGUCAGUAGAGAAUAGAAACUAAAACAAGUGUUUUUCUUCUUCUUCAUGUUCUCGAUCAUGGCUUCUUCUUCUUCUUCUUCUUUCUUUGUUAGGUGUUUCCCUUUACUUUUCUUCUUCUUCUUCUCACAUGCCCAAGCAGUGAAAUCACCAAUUCAUCCUCGGGAUGUUCUACCUUUAUUGCCGAGACAGGUUUCAUGGCCGAUCCUUAAUUCACUUAACAGUGCCAUCGACCUUUUACCAGCCUUUGUCGGUUCUGUUUCGUCCCAAAACCACAUCGUGAGCUGGAAAGGUGCGUGCUUUUAUGAGAACACCGCUUGGAUGGAGUUCCAUAACAAGAGUGGCAGUGAGUUCGGUGGUGGAACUCUCCAUAUCAAGGUUAGCAAAGCCCAUAGUUGGACGUGUCUGGAUCUUUAUCUCUUUGCAACUCCAUAUCGUGUAACUUGGGAUUAUUAUUUUCUAUCUCGGGAGCAUACACUCGAGAUUGACAAGUGGGAAGACAGAGCUGAGUAUGAAUAUGUGAAAGACAAGGGGAUUUCUAUUUUUCUGAUGCAAGCAGGGAUGCUUGGAACACUUGAAGCUCUAUGGGAAGUCUUCCCAUUAUUUACUAACACUGGAUGGGGUGAGAGUGCCAAUCUCGGGUUUCUCAAGAAACACAUGGGGGCUUCUUUCGAAUCACGGCCUCAGCCCUGGUACACCAACAUUAGUGUUGAUGAUAUACAUUCGGGAGAUUUCCUUGUAAUAUCAAAAAUUCGUGGGCGCUGGGGCGGUUUUGAGACUCUCGAGAAGUGGGUUACUGGUUCUUAUGCUGGUCAUAGUGCUGUUUUCUUAAAGGAUUCUGAAGGGAAGUUAUGGGUUGGUGAAUCAGGACAUGAAAAUGAGAAGGGAGAAGACAUCAUUGCAGUUAUUCCAUGGGAUGAAUGGUGGGAUUUGGAGCUGAACAAGGACGACUCUAAUCCCCAUAUCGCAGUGCUUCCUCUGCAUCCUGAUGUUCGAGCCAAGUUCAAUGAGACUGCUUCUUGGGAGUAUGCACUAAGUAUGGCAGGCAAACCAUAUGGCUACCAUAACAUGCUAUUUAGUUGGAUAGACACCAUAGAUGGGAAUUAUCCUCCUCCAUUGGAUGCUCACCUGGUGGCUUCUGCUAUGACAGUUUGGAGUAAAAUGCAGCCUGAAUAUGCUGCUAACUUGUGGAACGAGGCCUUAAACAAGCGGCUUGGAACUAAGGGUCUUGAUCUUUCUGAUAUACUGGUGGAAAUCGAAAAGCUUGGUUCCUCAUUUGAUCAACUGCUGACCGUUCCUGAACAAGAUGAUUGGAUAUAUAGUGAUGGGAAGUCAACCUCAUGCAUUGCGUUUGUCCUCGAAAUGUACAAGGAGGCAGGACUUUUUGAUCCCAUUGCUGACUCUAUUCAAGUCACUGAGUUUACGAUAAAAGAUGCAUAUACUCUAAGGUUUUUCGAGAAUAAUUCGAGCCAGCUGCCAAAGUGGUGCAAUGAUGCAGACAAUGUAAAGCUUCCUUACUGUCAGAUUCUGGGGAAGUACCGAAUGGAACUGCCUGGAUUUAAUUCCAUGGACCCAUACCCCCAUAUGAAUGAACGGUGUCCGUCUAAGCCUCCAAAGUACUCCAGGCCACCAAACUGCUAGACAGCCUCGCUUCUGCUAUUUGUCGUUUUGUCAUUAUGCUUGUAGUCACCGUUAGUUCAUCAAUUGUUCGGGUCAAUUGUAUGCAAGAUGACACAAGAAAUUGUGUAGCAGUAUCAGUUGUAAAUAUGGUAAUCAGACUAGGAGUGGAGAUUUCAGGUAUCAACUGUUAUAGAUAUGAUAGAAAAUCGAACAUUGAUGCUGAUAAAACUAUGAAAGCCAUUCUUUUAGUCAAAUAUUAGUUUUAUGCA